AUGCAACCACAAUCGCGUCUCGCCAAUGACCGAUAUCCCUCCGGCAUGGUAGAGGAUGAUAUGCCCGAUGAGACAACAUCACUCCUUCCAAAGACCACCAACGAUGAAUCAGAUUCAAUCUCUGGGAAUUCUAUACGACAAUGGCUUUCCGAAAUAGCUCUGCUUGCCAGAGCGGCCAUCCCGGUCAUAUUGGCCUACACGCUGCAGAAUAGCCUUCAGACCAUCUCGGUGCUCAUCGUCGGGCGACUUAGCCCCGAGGCAUUAGCAACAGCAGCAUUUAGCUAUAUGUUUGCUAUGGCGACAGCUUGGCUCAUCGCUCUUGGGGGAACAACUGCACUCGACACCCUAGCUUCAACAUCAUUCACCGGCUCAUCGAACAAGCACGAUCUUGGUAUGCUACUACAGAGAGGCCUUGUUAUUCUCUCGGGAUACUAUGCAGUCGUCGCAGUACUGUGGUGGUUCUCGGAACCCUUGUUUCGGUUGCUCGGCCAAGAAGACUUCAUUUGCGUGCAGAGCUGCAUCUUCCUCCGAUGCUUGAUCCCUGGUGGGCUGGGCUACAUCUGGUUCGAAUCAGUAAAGAAGUACCUCCAGGCUCAAGGUAUUUAUACCCCCGGAACAUAUGUCCUAUUCAUCACUUCCCCGAUGAACGCUGGCCUGAAUUAUCUCUUCAUCUACACGUUCAAUAUGGGACUAUACGGUGCUCCUUUAGCGACUGGAAUCUCCUACUGGGUGUCAUUUCUGUUACUCGUCGCUUAUGCCGCUUUCAUCAAGGGCGGUGACUGCUGGGGUGGUCUCGAGCUCCGGCGAGCCAUGCAGAAUGUUGGCCCAUUUGCGAAGCUCGCCAUUCUCGGUGUUGUCCACGUCGGUACCGAGUGGUGGGCAUUUGAGAUCGUGGCCCUAGCUGCCGGACGACUUGGCACCAUCCCACUCGCGGCGCAGUCGGUCAUUAUGACCUCGGACCAGGUCAUCAACACCAUUCCUUUCGGUCUCGGUGUCGCGGCUUCGGCGCGACUAGGCAAUCUCCUCGGAGCUAGGCGAGCCAAGGAUGCAGCGCGUGCAGCUCACGCGGCAGCCAUCUUGUCGGUCAUCUUGGGCACACUUGUGCUCGCCGUGCUCAUGGGCACGAAGGACGUCUUCGGCAAGAUCUUCAACGAUGAUGAGCGAGUCGUCCAGGCAGUAGCACGAGUGAUGCCAUAUGUUGCACUGUUCCAGAUUGCAGACGGUCUCAACGGCUCAUGUGGAGGCGCUCUCCGAGGCAUGGGUAAGCAGUGGAUCGGGGCCGUUGUCAACCUCGUAAGCUAUUACGGGGCGGCACUACCCGCCGGCAUAUACCUUGCAUUCCAUGGCUGGGGUCUGGAAGGUUUGUGGAUGGGCCAGUGCGUGGCAUUGUACCUGGUUGGUAUGCUAGAAUGGAUCAUUGUGGGCUGCAGCAAGUGGGAACUAGAGUGCGACAAGGCACUCGCACGACUCAAAGACGGGAAUACUGAGACUGGACCUGAGGACGGCCUGUUGGCAGUCUGA